AUGUGGUUUUUAAUUAAUUUAUAUAGAUUUACAUUUAGAUUUAUAUUUUUAUUGAGUUUAUUAUAUUAAUUUAUCAAAAGUAUUUAUUAUACUAACGUCUUUAUUUAUUCUGGCGUUAUCUAUAUUUUAUAAAUUAAAGUAUUUUGUUACACUAUUUCUUCAUCAAUAAAUAUUACACAAAAUUUUAUAAUAAGUUUUUCAUUUAAUUUAUACUUGAAAUAAGCAAUUUCGAAUAUACUUGCUUUUCUAGCAAAAUUUUAGAUAAAGAACUUAUUCGAUUUUUUGAGUAAAGUGAAAUAUAUAGAUGGUUAUUUGAGUGAGUUAAUGUUCUCAAAUUUUAUUAUAUAAUAAACUAAUAAAAUAUAAGUAGAGAUUAGAUUAGAUUAACAUUAAAUGAUUCAGGUUUAAUGGUAAAUGAAAAGCAUCAUGAAGAGUGAUGAUGAAUCAAGCUACUGCAAUCUGUAAAAUAUUCUUAUAAGUGAGAAAAAAAGAGUAUCACACCAGAAUUAUAUGAAAAGAGGAUUAAAUUUCUGUUAAAGUUAGUUAAAAAGACUAUAUUUUAGCAUGGGAAUGCUAGCUUUCACACAGGGAAGACUGGACUGCUUAUAUUUGUGA